UCUCUACCUCUUCUCAUUAUUUUGUCUUAAUUUUUUAAUUUUUUUUUUUGUUGAAGUGAGACUUAUUCUAGAAAUUAUGGAGUCAUGGAAUGCACAAAUGAUGAUGGACAAGUACAUCUAUAAUUACUUGGUUACAAAGGGGUUGCAUGAGACUGCUGAGAUAUUUGCAAUUGAAGCAAAUGUUGUAAAUCCCAGAAAUGUUGCUAUCGAAUCUCCAGAGGGAUAUCUCAUGGAAUGGUGGGGCGGAUUUUAUGAUAUAUACAAUACUUAUCAGGCUGAGAAGGUCCAAAGAUUUUAUGAGAAGGAUACAUGGACUACUGAAAAUGUGGGAUACCAUAUCCCUUCUGAUGUGCCAACAUCUUCUCCAAAUACUCUCACACCGGUGCGCGAUAUAUCUCAUGCAGAGCCGGCGUUCCACCUAAUGACACCUGAGGAUGAACUGAGCCAACCGAUGGAGCAAAUUCCAACUAUGCCUCAACAGUCGGAGGGCAAAGAUGAGGGAGAGGUAGAGGUAGAUGAUAUUAACUUCAAACGAACUGUGCAGAUGGAACCAAAUCCCCAUCCCCUUAAAAAGAUUAAGCUUAUGGUGUCAGAACCUUCUGAAGCAGGUUCGUUGUAUUGGUUUCAAAUACUUAGCGGUUAUGUCUUAGAAUCUUUUGUCUUUGAUCUUGACAACACAUGUUAG